AUGAGGGGGAACUUGCUGCGCAACCCUCUGGCUAGGGAUUUGCUGCUGGCCCCGCAGGAGCCUUCUGGCGGCGCAGCUGCCUCUGCUGCUGCUGCUGCUGCUGCCGCUGCUGCUGCUGCUGUCCACUCGUUCAACCCGUGGGCAGCGGCGCAGCGACAACGCGAAGUCGACGAGCGGCUGCUGCUGCAGGCAGACCUG